AUGCAGCUGAAGCGAUGGCUCUCCGUGGCCCUGGCGGCCGGCCUCCUGCACGCGGCCUCCCCGAUCCUCGUGCUCUCCUCCUCGGCGGCCGCGGCCACCACCACGGCCCUCACCCUCGGCGUGGGCGUCGCCAAACCCGGCGCUGGCGCUGGUCGGGGCGCCGCCGUCCUGCUGGGCGCCGCGGGCCUGGUCGCGGCCAAGGCUAAGGCCGCCUCCCGCCGUGGCAGGAGGGCCGCCCCCGCCCCCGCUCCCGACGCCUACGCCCAAAACGCCCUCGACGUCCUCUUCGCCGCCGCCGGAUCGCUCGACCAGCGCUCCAACUGCGGCCUCCGCCUCGUCUGCGAGCUCUCGGCCACGCCCGAGGCCCAGCUGGCCGCCGACGAGGCGCUCAUCAUGGCCCUGUUCGGGAGCCCCGCCCUCGCCGCCCACGACUGCGCCUCCGGCCCCGCCUCGCCCUUCCAGCUGGCCGCCUUCCUCGGCCGAGCCUCCGAGUCCGCCUCCGCCUGCGCCCGCACCUACGCCAAGUGCCCCUACGACGCCGCCCACACCAUGGACGUCCUCCGCCAGAACGCCCUCAGCCACCUCUAG